GCUAAAGAGCUGUUAGUUUAUGCGAAAACUUCGUGCGAUACACUCGCGUUUGUAAUCGCACGAUUUCAAGAUAGACCGAGGAGAGAUUUGGACAUUACAAUGCCAGAAAUUGUGCAGCAGUUUCCCGUUGAAAAGGAGUAUGAAAAAAAUAAGAACAUAACAGCAGAAGAUAUAAAGAAGUUAAGAGAAUGGUUGAGUACUCAGCCACAUCUACCCGGUGAACAUUUAAGUGAUUUGGACCUGGCGAUCGUAUUCCAUUGCUGUGAUAACAGCUCUGAAGUAUCUAAGCAGGUGUUAGACCUACACUACACGUUGCGGACUCUCUUUACAACAUUCUUCAAAGAUUGCAUAGUCGAUUUGAAGUUAGAGAAAGUACUGUACAAUGUGUUGAUAGCUCCCCUGCCGACGCCUACAGUGCACGGCUAUCGCGCGAUGUAUCUCAGACUCUUAGAUUCCGAUUCCCGCAACUUCAACUUCCCAGUUACCGCCAAAGCUAUGAUGAUGGUAUUUGAUCUUUGGCAGUAUCAGGAGGGCACUUGGCCUGGGUUUGUCCUGAUGAUAGACAUGGACCAGGCCACGUUGGGUCACAUCGCCAAGUUAGAUGUCAUGAGUAUCAAGCAGGUUUUAUAUUUUCUACAAGAAGCAAUGCUGGUCAAACUAAAAGGUUUGCAUUUCUUAAACGCACCUAACUUCAUGGACAAAGUGAUGAUGUUAAUAAAGCCUUUCAUAAAGAAGCCUUUGAUGGACAUUAUACAUAUACACGAGCCGAAGUCUGAAGAACUCUAUGAAUAUGUACCAAAGAAAGCCUUCCCUAAGGAAGAAGGUGGUGAAUAUAAAGAUCACGUGACUAUUAGAGACGAAACAAUUGAAUUAUUAAAAACAAAUACACAGUUCUUCAAAGAGGAGAGUCUGCGUCGAGUGAACGAAGCGCUCCGACCCGGAGGUAAGAAGACUGUUGAAGACCUGUUCGGAAUACAGGGUAGCUUCAAGAAAUUAGACAUCGAUUAG